AUCUCACUCAACGCACUCUUUUCUUUAAGCUUCAGUUUCAGUUUCGGGAGCCCGAGGAUCACCCUCUGCUCAUAUCGAUAUAUCGAUUAUAUUUCUUUCUCUUUUUAUUUUUCACUUCUUUCUUUCUUUUCCCUUCCGUAAUAUAGUUUCGGAAAUCGAGAGAAAUCGAGAACGCUUGCUGGCCGAGCAGUGCCGUAGAAUUUCCAUCUCAAUUGCUACUAGUAAUUUCAACGCACCAUCAUGGACACCACCAUGGAUAUAGGUAACCAUUCUUGGCUGAAAGCCCUCAAUCUAGACAGCGGCGCUAUAUUCCUCUUAACCGUUACCAUCUGUGCUUUCUUGAUACCGGUGGUUAUAAUUCUGCCCCCAGUUGGGCUCCAAAAGAGUGAUGCGCUGGUACAGACGCACACAAAGGCCGGCGUUGAAGGUUCAAAGAGUAACCUGGAGAACCAGUACUCAGCUGAACAUGCGCCGCAGGACGGCCAGCCACCCAAGGUCCACAGUUUAGUCGUUUAUCCAGUGAAGUCAUGCAAGGGUAUUGAGCUGAAGAGGAGCAAAGUCUUCCCGACGGGACUCCAGUUUGAUCGUCUUUUCAUGUUUGCUCAACUCAAGAGUCCUUUUCCUGUGGCUGUGAACUCGACGGAUGAGGAAAAGUCAAAGCACAAGUGGGAAUUUGUUACCCAGCGGCAGUUCUCGAGGCUGGCAAAUGUUACCGUCGAUCUCUGGCUGCCAGAUGAGAUGAAGCUGCGGAAACAGUCAAUGAAGUCAAAGGAGGCCUUCAUAAUCCUACGUUUCCCUUGGAAGGAAGAUGGCUGGCGCGGUAUCUAUUCUACGAUCACAGCUAAGCUAGCAAGAGGGCGCGCCGCUGAGCCCGAAAUAGAGAUCCUACUACCAGUAGACUUUCCUUCAACAGAGGAUAUCAAGGAGAGGGGCUACACUUUCGACGAUGUCAAGAUAUGGAAAGAGACGAUCAACGCCCUUAACAUGGAAAAUGAUCUACCCGGUGAGCUACAGCGGUACUUAGGUGUCAGCAACAAGCUUGCUCUGUUCAGGGUCGAUCCUGGACAGCUACGUGAGGUUUAUCGAACCGCACCGAGCAAAGAGGAAGCCGGCUACCAGCCCGUGACCGGAUUCCAGGAUGCCUUCCCACUUCAUUUGAUGAGCCUAAAUAGCCUACAAGCGUUCAGCUCAGAGGUACCGAAGGAUGACGACCUAAAGGAGCUCGAUGUGCUUAGAUUCCGGCCUAAUAUCAUCCUUUCCGGUACCGAAGCCUACGACGAAGAGACUUGGAAACAGAUCCGGCUUAAGCCGGGGAGCUCAGGCUUAUAUAACGACGCCGCGUUCCACGUUUCGUCCAGAACUGUCAGAUGUAAAAUGCCCAACGUAGAUCCAGCAACUGGUCUCCGCCACCCAACUGAGCCAGACAAAUCACUCAGGGCGAAGCGGGCAGUCGACGAGGGUGCGCCGCUAAAUGGUUGUCUAGGCAUGCAACUCACUCCUCUAUUCGACCCCAGCUUGGGAGAAGAUCGUGAAGCCUGGAUCGCAGUCGGCAUGACGGUUGAGGUUGAGCAAAGGGGGGACCAUGUGUAUAUCAAACAGUGAGACGCCUUUACUUCCUCCUAUACCGUUUAGACGAUAAAUAUGCUUGUGUGUAUAUAUAUAUAUAUAUAUAUGAGUAGGAGGUGUAUAAAGAAAAGAGGAAGUAGGAAGUGCCAGGCUGUGAGAAAAGACGACUGUAACAUCAGGCAGGAAGGAAGACCCAUAAUAAACACGACCGCCAGAACUAUAGCCAGAUAAUAGAUAAAUUAGACAGAAUAGACACUUCGGCACGCAAUUGGAAAAAUUUGAUGAGA